CUGGUCUCCCGCCCCCAUUGUCAAUCCCAACUAAGUCACGCUCUCUCACUCUCCUGGCUUUGGUCCCUCUAUGGCUGGCCCUCUUUCAAGUUGAUCUGCUCAUAAUGCUCACCCUGCUCCAUACACUCCGCUCGCAUUCUCUUUCCCUUCCCCUCUUCCUUCUCCUCCUCCUCCGCCCGCUCGCCCUCCCUCUCUCCCUUCCUCAGCUGUCCCUUUCCUCUUCAUGCGCAUUAUUAUCUGGAUUCUGUUCUCCAGCAUCUCCUCCUGAUCCAGGCAUAAUCUCCAACGCGCACCGGCGCUGAUCAGGUGGUUCAUUCAUUCAUGCAAUUCUAGGUGACCACCUGUGCGGCUGGCUCCCUUCUUUCGCUUCCUCUUUGAAACCCUAACACAUCGAUUACUCUCCUCCAAUUAUUGCCCUUCGCCCGAGUUUGUGUUGUGCUGAUUUGUAUGUAACUCAAAAGAAGCUCCUCAAACUCACAAUUCCUCCAUAAUGGCGUUCGGUUCUGAAGGGCUCAUGAGCGUGACGAAUGCUCUCCGUCAGGAAGAGAAAGAAGCCGGAAAGACUGGCCAAGUCCCAAAUCUCGACCACGCCCUCAUCCUCGCGAAGACGGAAUCUGAUCACCCAUCCAUAGCAGAAGCAUGGCGCAACAUCGAAAACAAAGGAAGUAAAGGAGAUCCUCAACAUCCUGGCCACAACGUCGCUUCGCACGUUCAGGAGGAUUCUUUGCAACCUCAGGCCGUAGGGCAUGCGCUUGUACAGGCGUGCCGUGGAGGGUACAUUCGCUGCGUUCGUCGCCUCCGGAAGAUUCAAAAUGAAAAAUUGAGCGGAAGCUUGCUCGUCGCACUUUUCAACGCAUUUGGUUUGUUGAAAGCCGCAGAAGCAGGGCAUGCGGAAGUUGUGGAGGAGCUCCUGCAGCCUAUGAAGUCGGCAAGCACUGCCAUGAUGGGGUAUAUGCUGGCCACCGAAUGGAAAGAUCAGAAAGGUUCUGAAAGCUACCCAUUUGUAGAGAAACCGGUCAACCCCCCGAGCUCGGAUUGGAUGCGCAAGUUGAUGAACUGCAGGAGUACGCUUCCAGCCGCAACCCCUGCAUCCCAGUCCAAGGGCUGGGAUCUCCGAGGAUUGCACGAGAACCCCGAUGAAGUGAUUCGCGCCUCAUAUGCAACCUAUUUGUUAUGGCGAACCUCUGUGAUUGCAGGCUCUCAUUGCCACUACGAUAUAUUUGGAAUUUUGCUGAACAGGAGACAAGCCGACGGAGUUGAACUUACUAAAUCGCUCCAGUCGAUUAGGAUUACUCGAGGACAUAAGAAAGGCCAAAUUGGAUUGGACAACGAAGUAAUGAAGAUCCUUGAUGAGAGGAAGAACAUGGACAACACUAUGUAUCAAUUGGUAGAAGAGUACAGCACGAAGAAUUACCAUGACGCCAUGUUGUACACAUUGUGGGCGCAUAUCCAGCGAAAAGGAAAGGAUGUUCCCUUAGGACCAGGCGCAGGGAAGCCCAAGUGUGUAGCUCAAGCUCUGAAUGGAAUUUGGGAGAUGAUAUUAGAAGUCCCACUUCUGGUAAUGCCUGUGGAGUAUGCUAUGAAGGACGAGGAACUUUAUAAGAGAUACAAGCACUUGACCCUCUUGUUUAAUCAGAAGGCGAAAGUGAAUAUUCAGCUCGUUGCGACGGUUGAGGCCCAGUCCAGUUAUCUGCAGGUUACAGUUGCGGUGAAGCAUGUGAGAUUCAAAGCAGAAAACUCCCGGUGGGAUGAGUUGGGCAUGGGGCAUUUUCCAACGGCCUUGACGUUAUCGGUGACGCCGCAGACGAAGGAAGGGUCGAGCGUAACCAUGACGAAUUCGUCGUCCAACACCGUGUACAAGAUCGGGCACGGGGAAAAUAUCUCAGUUGGGAGCGGGGCUGGCGACGGAGCAACGAGAGGAUUGGCUGCGGGACUAAGAGCUAGUGCAGCUGUCAUGGUGAACUCCACCAUGAAGGCGACGCCGUGGAGGUUUGAGCAGCACCCGAUUCAGGACACUUCAGAUCGCGGAGGCAGCUUUGUGUGGACACUGCAGUCGAUGAAAGGUAUUCCUUUUGAGAGGUCCAAUCCCCAUCGCAUGGCGGACACGAACUCAAAGUGGAACUGGGGUCGUAGAGUCCCGGGUAACCCCUUGGAUGAGCUCCCAUUCACUAGCGAAGGCGGCGUCAUCUUCACUGGCAACGAGUUUACCGAUACCAUGAUGUGGCGGUUCCCAAAGUCGAUGGAAGGGAAGAGGUUGAGGUGGACUAUUGCGGGGCAGAUUCAUUCCACAUUUACGACGAGUCGCUACUUUGAAACUCGCGUGGCCAGCUUCAGCGGUGAGAUUGACGAGAGAUUGAGACCCAUGGAGGACACGAAGGGCAAAGACAAGGACGCCGAAAAGGGUAAGAAAUCUGAGAAAAAGGAGACAGCGGAGAUAGAUGAUAAGAACAAGGACUCGGAGAAAGGUGAAGUAAGCAAGCCCAAGCUUGGCAAAAUCAACACUAGUAUGAGGACUGAUUUUGAGGAAUAUCUGGAGUUUAAGAGGUACAAGGAAGAGCGGAUGCGAAUGAUGGGUGAAGGUCAGAGCACACAGGCAUCCAAUAAUGAAGGAGAGUUCAAGGAAGAUACGGUGCGAGAGUCUGCUGAUGCAGCACGAGUAAAGAAAUAUGGGAGCAGUCACGAUGAGAUAGAAGAAAACACCGUGAAUUUGAAACUCGAUCCGGAGGAAGGGCGUUCUUCACUUCAAGUGCGGCCUUCACUUGUUAGAGUCAAAGCCAACAACGGCAGAUGACAGGAAAUGGAAGACCUGAGUCCUCCACAUGAACCUCAGGUGGGAGUGGAUUUACGAGGCACAGAAGAUGAAGAUUUGUAUCCAGCAUCCGAUUUUAUCAAUGGAUCGCAGGGCCAAAUUGCCUGUGACGUGGAGAAGCUCACAAGAUCAACAUAGGUUACACCUGCUGCACUGUAAGCUAGUCAGGACACACUUAAGUAUCUAGUAAGUUCAUAGGUAAUGGUAUUUUUGUACUCCAUCGAGUUCUGAUUAUCGUAGAUAUAUUUAUGACCUUCAAAUUGAAAGUCGUAUUUAUUCCGUAAAAGCUUUCACACAAGUUUCUUUCCAGUUGGUGACUUCGAUCCAAAUCUUGUGUGUAACUUAAGUCCAAA